AUGUACUAUACUACAGCAGUCAAAAAAGCCCAAUGCAGUCCUAAACCGUUGGCUGAAAUCCAGGCAGCCUCGCUGGGUCCGUGGGAGACGUUUCCGCUGAACGGCCCUUUUGUGGACGUGGCUGAGGCAUCUCUGAGGCAGGAGGAGUCUCUCCAGAACGCCUCUGCCCACCUGGUCUCCCUCUUCAAGGACUUUCUGAUCACCUACAGGAAGAGCUACCUGGACGAAAGAGAGACCCAAAGGCGCUUCCGGAUCUUUGCUGAGAACCUGGAGAGGGCCCGUCUCUAUCAGGAGCUGGACCAGGGCACUGCAGAAUACGGAGUCACCAAAUUUAGCGACCUGACAGAGGAAGAGUUCCAUUCCACGUACCUGAAUCCGCUGCUGGCGAAGCUACCAGGCCGGCCAAUGAAAGUGGCCUCCAUCCCGAAUGGCUCCUUCCCUGAGGAAUGGGACUGGCGGGACCAUGGGGCUGUCACAGGGGUCAAAAACCAGGGCGAGUGUGGCUCCUGCUGGGCCUUCUCUGUAACGGGCAACAUAGAAGGACAGUGGUACCUUCGCAAGGGCACCUUGCUCUCCCUCUCUGAGCAAGAGCUGGUAGACUGUGAUGUUAUCGACAAAGCCUGUGGAGGUGGCCUGCCUUCGAAUGCUUACGAGGCUAUUGAGAAGUUGGGUGGCCUGGAGACCGAGGGGGAUUACAGCUACCAAGGUUUCGAGCAGAACUGCGGCUUCUCCAGGCAGAAAGUGGCUGCUUACAUCAACAGCAGCCUGGGCGUCUCCCAGGACGAGAGCGAGAUUGCAGCCUGGCUGGCCAAGAACGGUCCCAUCUCCAUUGCUCUGAACGCCUUUGCUAUGCAGUUCUACCGCAAAGGCGUUUCCCACCCCUUCUUCGUGCUCUGUAAUCCCUGGAUGAUCGACCACGCGGUCCUUUUGGUGGGCUAUGGCACACGUGGCCAAAUUCCCUUCUGGGCGAUCAAGAACAGCUGGGGCGGAGACUGGGGAGAGAAGGGCUACUACUACUUGUACCGUGGGAGCCAUGCCUGUGGCAUGAACACCAUGUGCAGCUCCGCAGUCAUAAAUUAGCCACCUUCUGGCAUCUGGGCAGCGUCUGCCAAGGAGUCCCACCAGGCCUUGCA